GUGAGCCGUGCGCGGGCGCAGUGACGUGUCUCUUCUCACUUCUCUUCCUUCACUUCAGUUUACCGCGGACUACGACACGCCGCGGACGUAUGUCGCCUCGUUAAAUCUCGAGAUUAACACAAACUAGAUUAUUGGUGUAAUUAAUAUUGAACACAGUGUGUUAUAACAUAGUAAUGCAAUACGAUCCGUCAACUUCGGAAUAACGGAAACUUUUUCUUAGGAAAAGGAAAAGUUAACGGUACGCAAGGACAGUGUUUGAAAGUUUAGUUCGCAGGUUUGAGGGGAAGUGAUAUUUUUUCGGUUUCGAAUUUUGUUCGACUGCUAAAGUACCUACCUAUCUACUACGGGAUUUUUGCGUGACAAAACGUUGUAAAAGAUUACAUACUGCUGAUAAGGAAGGAAAUCACAAUAUCUAGAAUAUAACGUGAGAAAGCUGCUAAGGUGCUGUUAAGAUAACUCAACAAUGACAUAAGGUGCCCUAUACUAAAAAUGGCGUUAAGAAUGAAAAAGGACAUAAAGAAGGCGUCCUACUACGUGUGGUUCCUGGGUGCGCAGGAGUCGCGAGGGCUGCGCGGGGAGGAGUUUGCGGUACCAGCCAUCAGGAUACUUGAGGAGAGGGCCAGAGACUUGGAGCCAUUCAAAGUCACUUUGCAGGUCUCCCACAAAGGGCUGAAGAUCAUCCAGAAUGUGACCGCUAAGGGCAAGCAGCAGACCAUUAAACACUUCAUCCCGCACGGCAGUAUCACAAGCGCGGUGGUCCAGGGGGAUGUGGUGGCAUGUGUACUGCUUCUGUACAACCCGCUCACUGGAUGCCCCGUACAUGUUCAUGCUUACAGAUGCGACUCGGACCACACGGCAGAGAUGCUGUACACGCAUCUUCAAGCGCUAAUAGAGAGGCCCGAGAACCAAAAGAAAUUCGCAGACAUCGAGCGCAAGUUACAAAUGAGGGGGGCGCUGCCUUCCAGCAAGAAACCUCCAGAUUCAUCCCUAGGGAGCGAAGUAUCCAGAGAAUCCGAUUCUGGAAGCAAUGAAGAGCGCUGCGUCGCGAAUCUAUAUGACAGUUUAGCUGCCGAGCUCAAGCAGAAGUUGUCAACAGGUAAAAAAGCCGUAGGCAAGAGCCCGAUACUUCUGCCACCCCGCGACUACGACACGGUGCACAGACAGAAGGGCAACCUGAGCAAUAUCGAUACGAGGCGGUGCCUCAACCAGAACAUCGUGGGGGUGAACGCGCGCCGCAAGCUGGAGUCCUCUGGUGGUAGCUCGGGCAUCGGCAGCGAUCUAGCUCCCUCGCCGGAAAGGAACGACUACGCGAGAAGAGGAGAGCACGAUAACCACAGCACUAGCGAGGAAGACUGGGCCGAGAGUACAGCGUAUCUAAUGCACGAGGCAUUUGACGCGUCGCCGCCGCGUCGCGCAACGUCACCACGUCGUGCAACCUCACCCCGGCGUCUGUCACCACCCCGUCGUCUUUCACCGCCCCGCCGCUCUUCCCCACCUCGUCGCGCCCUCUCACCUCGUGACUACGAACGCCCUUACAACGAUGACUAUCCCGAGCAGUUCCGAGACCAACUAGCCCCAUUCCGGGACGCCACCUUCGAGCGAAGGUUCCGCCACGAAUCCCUAGAGCGGGUCAGCAAAGAAAAACCAGAAAAAAUAAUAGAUGACGGCACCAAUUACAGGCGACGAUACGUCGCAGAAACCAAACCUUCCAACAGAAGCAUCGACAGAGUCGAAGAACGCAGAUUCGGCAAACUGCAGCGAGGAGCCAGCGAAGGUAGCUUGAAGAUAGCCGAAACUUCUCCGAAAGAUCGCUUCAAUGUUGCGAAGGAGAAAUUCAUGAACUUAGAAAGAGAGAGAUUCAAUAAGGAGUUAGAACAGCAUAUGGCAAUACGCAGGAGCAUGCUCGAAAGAAACAGUCGCUCGACUUCUUCCCCCGAGGAGGAAAGAAGGGACGAGCGACAGGAACGUCACCGAGAGCUGAGCUCCCGCAGAGAACCUGAACGUUCUCAAAGGGAUAUUGAGCGUUCUCACAGGGAGCCAGAAAGGCGCAAGGAAGAACGUGUCCGGGAUGACACCAGGGAGUUGGCACACAGAGAGAUAGAGAGGCUUCCGAGAGUGGGCAGGAAACGUGACGACGUAAAAAGAUACGAAUACGGUACGGAGGAUUAUUUGAACAGGAUCGAACCGAAGCCGCACAGGGAAGAUUUUGACAGAUAUAGGGAAAGGGACAGACGAGAACUGGACCGCCGCAUCGACGAGGAUGAGGUAAUUGAGCCGGUGAUCGAAGACCGGAGGCGAGACUGGAGUGACAGACAGAGAGGUUUCAGUCGCUCACGGUUGCUGGACGACCAACGACAGUCGUACGCAGAGGGAGACAGGGAUAGGUACUUCGAGAGAGACUAUAGGGAUUUCCGUGACCUCGCUGAUCGACAGCCGACGAAGUUCCGCCACAGUUACGCAGAACCGAUACCUAGAGGACGACUCGGCACAGUCCGCCCAUACUAAAAUACAAGCCAUAAUAGAUUAUAAAUCAUUAACUGAAAUAUAAUGAUGCGUAUUUGUUUUUUUUUGCCCCUUUGACAUGACAACAUUGCGGACGAGACACGACAUUGUGAGUAAAUAGAAUACUUUGAAGUUAAAAGCUGUAUAUGUAUUUCUGGGACAAAUGAACGAGAAUAUCCUAUUUAUAUAAUAUGGGCAAGUAUAAGUAUACUUUGUUUCCUCGAGGCCAUUAUGAUCGUACCUAGUAUUAAAAUUCCGAACAAAAAUGUAUAUUAUUCAUCGAUUAUGUUAGUGAUCUUUAAGAUAAUUUUAAGAAUUUAAAAUGUUCAUUAAUACAGAUGUUCUUUUAAGAAAUAUUAUUGUUAAACGCACUUUUUACGCGUUUGUUAAAAUGCAUUAUUACAAAUGUUUUGUACCUAUCGAAGUCAUUGUAUUAACGUAUUAUAAUGUAUAAUUAUAACAUGAAUAAAUAAUC